AUGGGCAAUUCGGAUGCCUCCGCGGCGACAGGCGGAAAUGGCGUCACAUCGAAGCAGUCCAAGUCGGUCGAGCGGUCCCUUAAGACGGAUGAGCUCCCCGCAGCUCCGCUUCCAGCCUCCGAAGUGCAAACACGGACGAAGGCGUCAUCGUCGACGAUGAGCGAUGACGAGCUCCGUGCUUUUGACUACUUGGACACUGCUCAGAAUGCCUGUCUCCUGUGUCAACGGAAGCUCAAAAGCCUCGACGUCCUGCGUCGGCACGAAAAGGAAUCAGCAUUGCACGAGGACAACCUGCGGAACCUCGAUACUUGUCGCGCUGGCGUCGAUCGGAAGCUAUCGCAGGAUGCUGGCCUCGAAACUUCGUCCCAAAGCAGUGCAUCCGCCGGGUUUGCUCCGAUCGGGGCUGCUAAAGACGCGAGCGGAACACCAGCGUCCAAGUACCGCGACCGUGCCUUGGAGAGGAGGGCGGUGUUUGGUACCGACUCGACGCCAGCGUUCAAAAAAGCGAGCUUCCAGGCGAAAUCAUACGAGGGCCCGGUCGCGACCGACGUACCGAAAAGCGACGAGCCGGAAAUGCCUGUCGAGAAGGAGAUCGACAGCAGCAACAUCGGCAGCAAGAUGCUCGCGAUGAUGGGCUGGAGCAAGGGCCAGGGCCUCGGAGCCUCCGGACAGGGCAGGACAGGCAUCGUCGAGACCAAGAUCUACGCCAAGGGCGCUGGAUUGGGCAGCGCCACGCCGAGCCAGACGCAGCCGGUGCCGGGGGCGGGUCACAAGGCGUACGUCUCCGCAGCCAAAGAUGGAGCGCGGGAGCGGUACAAUACCGAGCCGAAGGAGCCAUAG